GCCUGAAUCAUACAUUGCCUUAUUGCAGUCAUUUUACUCACAAUUUAGUGUUCUUAAACAAAAUACAUUAAUUGCAUUUAGCUGAUAAAAAUGGAUGAAGAGGAAAGUAAUAUACGGGAGAAGUCAGAAGAAAUGAUUUAUGAGGAUACUGGAGAAAAAGAUUUAGCUAAUAACUCGGAUAUAAUAAUUUCUACAGCACAGAGAGCUUCUGAUGAUUCCGGUGCACUUACCGUUAUGGAUUUUGAUGAUGGAGAGGAAGAGGAUGAAGAAGGAUCUAAAGAAUAUGGAAAAGAAGAAGAAACCUUGAAUGAUUUUCAGAAUAUGCAAAGAAAAAUUCAUUACGAUGCGUCGAUUAACCCGCAGGACUUCUCGAACGAAAUAAAAAAGGUGAGCGGAGAUUUCAUCGGUCUCACCCCGUCCCAAACAUUACUUGUAGAUUACACCACCAUAAUUCCGGAGACAGUCAUUGUUGAGGAGGUGAUUGAAGAAGAAGAAGAAGAGGAAGCAGAAUCACAGAAAUCUUCCUCAAUAACGCUCGACGAGCCGGUUUUCGAUAGAGAAGAGCUCGUCGCUAAGCUCUCCCAGAUUAUGGCGGAAACUGAAAUUGAAAGAUCGAAAAACCAUUUUUUGGAAAAAAAGAUUUUGGAGUUUAUGAGGAGGCGGAAAAUGGAAUCUGGUUUAAGAGACUUUGACGUACCUGAGGGCUUAGACUUCCUACGCAGAUACAAACAACAGUUAACGGCAUUUAAAAACCAGAGAGACUAUUACAAUCAACAAUAUUCAUUACUCAAUGAAGAACUAUCGUCAGCAGAAAAAAGGACUCUAAAGACGGAGAAGAUGAGAAACGACAUUCAACACAAAUUGUGUCACCGCGAAAAGGAAAUCGGUCGCGGGCUAAUCCAUUCGAAAACUGGAAAAGCUAUUUCUGAUCAGUUGGUAGAAAAUCUUGUCAACAGACAAAACAGAAAUUUUAAACAAAUAUCCGAGAUGAGGUUGAAGUAUCUGAUUGCUAAGAUAAGAAAUCAGAAAAUACAGGACAAGAUAAACAAGGCAAAUGUGAUCGACGGUGAUUUGAGUCUGAUGGAUUAUGAAGUGAUGAGAAACCUUAGAAACGCUCAAGUUGAAAAAAUGGAGGAGCGUGAAGACGAACUGAACAAGUUGAGGACGAUAUGCACAAAUUCUAUUCAAGUUUUGGCCCACCUCAAAGAAAAACUCAGUACUUGUGAUUUAGAUUUAGAGAUCUACAUCGAUAAAUAUAAUGACGCAGAAUAUCUACUGAAGGAGAAACGGGAAUAUGUGACGCAAUUAAAAAGGGAAAGAGACCGUAUUAGACACAGAACUUACAAUCUCAAAGAACAAUCUGGGUUAUUGACCAAGUUAGACUUACUAAGGGAUAUGGAAGAAAGUGUUAAGGAAUUAAAAAUCGUUAAGAAAAAAUUAAGAAUAUCUGAACAAAACGUCCAGAUAAAAAAAAUAAAGGUUAGGAAUAUUAGGAAAAAUAUUGAAGAGUUUCAAGCCAGUCAGAGAAAGGCAAGCAGAAUACAUCAAUUUACAGGUGACAAAAAGAAACCCAGGAAAGUCAAGACGACAUCAACUCUCCCUGCCGAAGCUUUUCGAGAUAUAAAAGUUUUACCCAGACCGAAAAUUGGUUGCGAAAAGUGAAAUACAUGUUUAUUAGGAAUAUAUAAAUUUUAUAUAUAAUAAAUGAUAAUGAAAAGUUGAUAA